UUUUGUUUCACCUUCUUCUCUUUUCUAACACAUAUACUAAUAUAUCACAAAUCACAAACUACUACUCACAAUUUAAAAAAAAAAACAGUUUAUUAUUACAAGGAAAUGCGUAGCAGUAGGGGCUCAAACAACAGGGUAUCCACUUCUUCAAAUUCUAGUUCAGCAUUUCAAUGGCGUAUUUCAUAUCUCAUUCUCUCCAUGUUUGCCACCAUGGCUGCCUUCUUCCUUGCCUACCGAUUGUGGCAGGAGGCGGAAUCAAGGGUUUAUAUAGUUAAAGAGCUUGAUCGGAAAACUGGCCAGGGUGAAUCUACUAUAUCUGUUGAUGACACUUUGAAAGUCAUAGAAUGCAGGCAACGUCAAAAAAAGUUAGCUAUGCUUCAGAUUGAGCUAGACAAAGCUAAGCAGGAAGGAUUUGUUUCAAAGCAUCUUGUAGAAUCUAAAGGCACAAAUGAUAACAAGAAGCUUCUGGCUGUUGUUGGAAUUCUUACAGGUUUUGGCCGCCGACACAACAGAGAAGCAAUCCGUAAGGCAUGGAUGCCUACUGGAGCUGCCCUAAAAAAUUUGGAAGAUGAGAAGGGCAUAAUCAUACGAUUUGUUAUAGGCAGAAGUUCAAAUCAUGGAGACAGUUCAGACAGGGACAUCAGAAAUGAGAACGAGAAGACAAAUGACUUCCUUAUUAUUAAUGAUCAUGUGGAGGCACCGGAAGAGCAGCCAAAGAAAACAAAGUUGUUCUUUAUUGAAGCAUUAGAACACUGGGACGCAGAGUUCUAUGUUAAGGUUAAUGAUGAUAUAUAUCUCAAUAUUGAUGCCCUUGGUUCUAUUCUUUUUAACCAUGUAAAUAAGCCCCGUGCCUAUAUUGGGUGUAUGAAGUCUGGUGGCGUUUUUUCCAAAUCGACCGACAAAUGGUAUGAACCAGAGUGGUGGAAGUUUGGGGAUAAAAAAUCAUAUUUUCGGCAUGCUUCCGGGGAAAUAUUUGCUGUAUCUCGAGCGUUGGCUCAGUUUAUCUCAAUUAAUAAAUCAAUACUUCGUACAUAUGCUCAUGAUGAUGUCAGUGCUGGAUCAUGGUUCAUUGGCCUUGACGUGAAGCAUGUUGAUGAAGGGAAGUUUUGCUGCACAUCUUGGUCUUCAGGGGCCAUAUGUGCGGUUUCUUGAGACGGGCUACAUUUCUUCUGUUAGUUGAGUUUUGAGUUGCAUGAUACUCGUGAGAAAUUUUUUCCACUUAUUCUUCUUUGGAAAUGUAUAUCAUGUAAGUUCGCUAUUAUAUUGACUUCCAUUGUGUUGUCUAAAAUACUAAAAUGGGUGAGAUAAAUGAAACAUAGACCUCAUGUUUAUAGU